AGUGGUUUUGUGUGACCCCUUGGUGGUAUUUAGGUUGAGCUUGAGGUCCAAAAGGUACUUGGGAGCUUUGUCUUGUGCUCUGGUGGUUUCUUUUAGUCUAAGCUGGUGCAGCGGCGUGGCAGCAUGGGCAGCAGCCUCAGCCAGCAGCUGUGCUGUGUGGUGUGUGAGAGGUGCAGGCAGCAGGAGGCAGCCGAUGCAGAGCCCAGCGAGACCAAGCCCAUCCUGCAGAGCCCCAGGGACACACGGACGUUCUUGGACACGCAGCCCCCCACCCCAGCCCUCAAAGUCCCCAAGCAGGGCUCCAAGGACCUGGCCCAGGACCGCCAGCCCUCAGCUGAUGCUCUGGAGGAGAAUGGAGAGCCCUGCUCUGCUGCGGAUCCCGUGGGAAGGGCGGAAGGCUGGGAGGCAGCCUGGAACCCCAUGGACUUCUUUGUGGCCCCUGCUGAUGAGGAGGUUGAAGGAGAAGUUGAAGACUUAACCCAGCAGGAGAAAGGGGAUAAGACAGAAGAGGAAACGCAGCCUGUUCCUGAUGUUCCCGUGGGAGACACGGCUCUGGGAGCUGAGCUGGGGGCACAGGGGGAGCAGCCUGGCACUGAGGGAGCCCCGUGUGCUGGGAUAACCCUCCAGGAGGGAAAUCUCAGCCUCACAGAGCUCCCGGGUGAGGCUGAGCCUGGCCAAGGCCGUGAGCCAGAGCCUCUCCUGGGCAGGGACUCGGUGCUGUGUGCUGUGCAGGUGCCAGGGCAGCCUGAGCCCUGCCUGUGUGCUGAGCCCCUGGAGGGCACAGGCAGGGCUGAAGCUGCUGAGACAAGUCCUCGACCUGCCCAGAGGGCUGAGCUCACCUGCCUGGUGGAAACUGUGUCUCUCCUGACCCUGCAGAGCUCCUCCGAGGUCAUAGCAAGGGGGGUGACUGAGCUCUGCUCCACUUCUCCUGUGUCCUGGGAGCCCCUGUGCCCUCAGUGGGGAUCUCUGGAGCCACCAAACCAGCUGCUGGAGCUCUUGAAGCAGGGCAGUGUGUCACCUGCCCAGGGCGUGGGGAGCCGGGGCCGUGCAGGACUCGGUGAGAUCUUGCAGCAGCCCCAGGAUGGAGCCCGGUGUGAGCUGGGCCAGGAGGGGAGCAGAGGAUUCACCCCAGGACCUGAGGCAGAGCCACAGCACAGGGUCAUGCAGCCAGGCCUGGAGCUUCCAGAAGAACCAGCAGCUGUUGUUCCUGUGCCUGUGAAACAAGAAGCCGAGCUCCCACGUGUGCCCCUCUCGCUGCCUGAAGUGCUUGGGAGCAGUGGGGAGAUGGAGGCUGAAAAUGAUGAAGCUUGAGGUGUUUGUUCCUCAGGUGGCUCGGGGUCACACGUGUCCAGUGCCAAGGAUGAGGUGCCUGCCCUCAGGAAGGGAUUAGCCUCAGCUGCUGGAUUCAGGAUUUCCCAGGAUGCGUCCUGGACCUCGGAAACUCUUGCCAGACAGAUCUGUGAAGUUUUUAUUGAGCUUUCCAGAUGUCCCCCUGAAUUAUUAUUCAGUCACAGAUCUGUUUGGUGCUUUUCCCAGUAGCUGUUUUUCAGAUCUUGCCUUGCUGGGAGGGAGCUGAUUUGUUCCCAGCAGGAUUUCACCGAGCUGAGGUUGUCGCUGUGUUCCCCCAGUCAGGUUUGGUGAUGGGAGGUUUCCUCCCUUGCUCUGAAGAGUCUGGAAACAAGAGAAAAUGCUCCUCUAAUGGAGUGCAGUCAGAUGUUCUCUGUGGGGCCAACAGCCACUUCUUCUGCUACCUGGAAAUAAUGAAAUCUUUGUGCUGCCUCCCUGAAUAAUUCUCUUGUACAAGUGAUGUUCCUGCUUUCUUGUCAAUGUUGAACGAAAUAUUUUCACAGGAAGAUGAUGAAACCCUAAUUGUUCUUGGUAUCUCUGGUAGUAGUGGAGGUGUUUGUGUAACCUGUGAAGUUUACGCAGGAGUUAAAAUGUAGUCUUGAUCAGAAUGCAGAAGUCAGUGUAUUGCACCUGAAAUCUACUGACUUUUAAUGCUCCUCACUUUGUGCUACCAAUAAAAUACACUUUUAAAGAUCAUGGCAAAACCCCAAACCGAGUGUGUUUUAAUUGCUGGGAAUAAAUGAGAACAGAGAAUAUG